AUGGCUUUGCAUGUUGCUGUUACGCAGCCCGAGGAUAUGGAGGCAGACGCUGAGGACGAAGAGCAUGAGACAGAUUCUCAAUCAGCAGUGCGCACGCCGAGCGAAAACCGGCCAGUGGCUCUCGGCUGUGGCCAUACCUACCACAAGGUAUGUAUCGAGACAUGGUUUAAUGGUUCAAGCAUGGAAUACUGCCCAGUUUGCCACAAAUUGCACAUUGGCCAGGUACUACCCCUGUUCAUCGACCCAGAGGAUGUCCAGGUGUCCGCGAAACCGCAGCAGCAGCCUGCGGUUGCCUCGAGCAGCAGAAGCAACACAAACAGUGGCAUUGUUGGCGGCGCUCAAAUGAUCCACACACGCCACCAGUUUUCGCGCAACAACACCAGCAGCUAUGGCGGUCUGGAUGCUGUUUUUGACGAAAUGUCGCUGAACAAGCACCAACCCACAGCUGACUCUUACAACGGCGACUAUUCAUACAUAAUGGCGGUGCAGCUCGACCAAAUCGACGUAUUGAAUAGCGAAAACGCCGAGUUGGAGAGAGAAAUGGAAGAGUUGAGGGAGGAGCUGUACGACAACUUGUAUGAAAAGGACCGCCAUAUGAGUCGAAUGGCGGACAACCAUCGUAUGGAUAUUGAUGCCAUGGAUGCCCUGCUUAACAUUGAGAAAGCCAAGAAUGAGUCGCUGGAAGAGGAGAUUGCAAGGCUUAAAGCUUCGGCAUCGAAGCAUAAGGCUCACAUCGGGGCUCUGCAGAGAACACUGAAUAGGGAGAGAAACAGCUACGACAGAGACUGCCAAUACUGCUACAUUAACGCAUACCCAUGCCUGGGCACAGUUGUAGACCCCAUGGCCUCCAACGGCCUCUCCCCACGUCUGCUAACAUUAUCCAAAUGCGGCCACCGCUUCCACGAAGGCUGCAUCACAAAGUACCGCUGCCAAAUCUACGGCGGAGGCAACUGUCCAUCAUGCGAGGGCAGGGGAUAUAAGGAACCGCCCACCGUUGGCGUGCCCGCCCAUAUGGCCGCUCAACUAGGCGCCAAGCGGCCUGCCAAGCAGCCGGCCGCCAACAAAACAUGCCAAUCCCCAGCCAAGGCUAACCAGAGUAAAACCAACAACAAAAACGGCGGCAGCAGCAAAAAGAAACAACCCCCAGUAUCGUAUAUUGUUCCUAGUCUUUUUGUGGGAAACGAGCCUUCUUCUUCGUCCAAGCGUAUUCCCGAACAACAACAACAACAACAACAACAGCUCACUGUUCAGCUUGGCGGUCUAACCAUUGAUGUGGACGAGAGCGAGGACGACGAAUACUUUGUGUCCGGCACUACUUGGCACAACAAACACGGCAACCCCUUAAUGUCUAAAACCAGCGAAACGAGCACCCCUAAAGUACUCCAGGACGUGGUUACGAAGCUGAAGCUUCAAAUUAAGGAGUCGCAGAUUAGGGAAUUGGCUGUGGCCAAGAAUCACCGUAUUGUACUAAGGGGUAUUGUUGACGAGUAUCAGGAGAGAUUAGAUGCUGCGGAGAAAAAUUUGGAGGAAAAAACUAGGUUGUUGGCGGAGACUGGGGUAAGACUGGCUGAGAGAGAGCAGGAACUGGAUAAUGCUUAUGUGUCUUUGGAUGAGAGUAAGGCGGAGACCAGCCGCUUGAGCAUUUUGUCUGACAGACAUAAGGACCAUAUUAACUCAUUGCAGAGGCUGGUGGAUGCGCAAGGGGGUGGCGGAGACAUUGAAAUCGGUAACCGCCCAGCUGCGCUUUUGUGCGGCCACGUAUACCACAAGGACUAUCUAGACGAAGACGACAUCACCUGUGUGUUUCCCGAAUCCUCACCCAAGAACAGACAAAAAGACGGUUUUGAAACUGUCUAUGGCGAGCGAGGCGCCAAUAACCCAUUGGUCUUGGAAAUGGACAGACUGGCGGUUGAGUUUCGCCGGGCCGCUAACGAUAAUAUUGAAAUUGGAGAGGAGGCGCAAAUGAUGGCUGUGCAACAAAUUAGCAUGAUCACUUUGGAAAUGGAAAAUCAAUCGCGUAAACUGCAAGAGGCAACGCGAAAGAUCGAGCUACUCGUGCGUAGAACUGAUCAGCUGAAUGCGUCGUUGGGGGAGAAAAGGCUUUUGGUGGAGGAUUUGGAGCUAGAUCUGGAGAUCAAAUCGGAGUACAUCAUGGGUCUUAAAAUUCGCACUUGCACUGAUGCCAAAAUCAACACUGAUGGGGUUGGCUUUUUGUUUUUUGAAGAGUCUGGGUUUGGUGCGGACUCUAACAAUGAAGAGGACUCGAUUAGGCGUUUUUGA